AUGCUGCGCCUCCGAAGCCACCUCCUCUCCGCUGGCCGCGCGGCCUCGCCUCUCCCUCCCGAUUCCUUGCUCAACCGCCUCCUCCACCUCUCCACCGCCACCGCACCCCACGCUCACUUUGUUCCCGAGGAAUUCCUCAUCACCACCUGCGGCCUUACGCCGGUGCAAGCCCUCAGAUCCUCCAGGUACCUCGUCCACCUCAAAUCCCCAUCCAACCCAGAGGCCGUCCUCGCUUUCUUCGCCGACAUCGGCCUCGCCAAAGCCGACAUCGCCGCUGCAAUCUCCAGGGACCCACGGAUCCUCUGCGCUAGGGUGGACAAAACCCUAACCCCCCGACUCGCCCAGCUCCGUGACAUCGGCCUCUCCCGUACGCAGAUCUCCCGCUUUAUCGCCGUCGCGCCCAAUGCCUUGCAGAGUCACAUCAGGAUCCCCCGUCUUGCAUUCUACAUCUCUUUGCUGGGCUCAUACGACAAGGUGCACCCAGUACUCAAGAUGAACCCACACCUCCUGGGUCAUAAUGUCGAGCGUGAGGUCAAGCCCAACAUUGCUUUUCUGCUGAAAUGCGGCUUAACUAAUGAUGGUAUUGCCAAGCUCUUCUUACUCGUCCCUAGGAUGUUCAUGUUGAAGCCAGAGGGUAUCAAGGGAAUUGUGGAGUGUGCUCACAAGAAGCUUGGCGUGCCGUGUAACUCAGCCAUGUUCAAGUUCGCCUUAGCAACCACCUACAGCAUCAACCCUCAGAGAGUCGGCGCAAAGUUGGAUUUCUUGAUGAAAGCUCUUGGAUGCUCUGAGACUGAGCUCCGCAUUGCAGUUGGCAAGAUGCCUACCACUCUAAAAUUAUCAGAGGUCAAUCUGACCCGUACAGUGGCGUUCCUGAAGAUGGAGGUUGGUCUGGAGGCCAAGUACAUUGUGCAUAGGCCAGCAGUGUUGAGUCAUAGCAUGGAGAGGCGGAUGAUGCCCCGGCAUUAUGUCCUAAAGGUUCUGAGGGCGAAAGGACUGGUAAAAGAUGAUAUUGACUUCUACAAUGUGGUUUGUUCAACUGAGCAGAAAUUUGCUGUAAGGUUCAUUGAACGUUACAAGGAAAUUGUUCCAAUGCUACCAGUUCAUUAUGCCGCUGCAUGUGCUGGGCAACUUCCUCCUGAAAUCUAA